AUGGGUUCCCGCGAGCUGUACUACGCCUACAAAGAAACGCGGGUGAGCCUCGAACCCGCGUCUCCCGCGACCGUUGUCCACGCACAGGUGCCCGCAGCCAAUGGAGGUGGCGGUCGUCGGUUAACAAGCAGGCUGGUCGGCGGUGCCGGCAGCUCGGGUAGCCACUACGGCAACGGCAACGGCAGCAGCAGCCCGAGCUUGUCUGUGUCGUCCUUUGCGAGCCUUUCUGGAAGCAACAGCGGUGACAACAGCACGUUCACGGACGAGGAGCGGUUCUACCGUGCCAAGAACCUUGCUUCCGAGUCGGGCAUCUACCACCGCCGCCAUCACGAUGCGCCGCGCAGUUUCCUGUGGCGUGUGCUCGAGGGCGGCUACGUCCUCAGCAUCCGCGCCAUCGACGUCGCCAAGCACCAGCCGGAGAGCCCCUCAUCGGCACCAGACGCGCCCCUGAUCUUGUAUCUGCAUUUCCCCAAACCCGUGCGGCCGGGCUGCAUCGCCCUUGCCGACCCGCAGCAACACGACGCUCUGGCCGUGUUUGUGCUCGACGAGUCGUUUUAUUUGCACCACCUGCUCCUGCGGCCCGAUGUGUUCCGCAAACGGGCGUUUGCCAACGAAGCCGACCUCGGCGAAGCCUGGAAGCCGUACCUCUCCGCCACGUUCAACUUUAAGCAGCCGCGGUGUCUGGUGGCUGUCAGCGCCAACGAGUUUGUGGUAGCCCUGCAUGACGGUGGCCUCAUCAAUUUCCGCCGCGACCCCAGUCACCAGAGCCCUGCAACAGCAGCGGCGGCAUCUGUGUCUUGGAAAGAGUCGUUCCACAGCCCCGUCGGCCUCAUCCAGGGCCUCCGCAGCAUCCUGCCGUUCCAGGGCGGGCCAACUAUCAAGUAUGAGGGCACGAAUCUCGAGAUCACAGCAGCUGCCUCGGCCGUCACAGCGACGCUCAGCCUCGACAACGGCGAUGGAACGUCUACUGGCACGAACGGAGCGGCCUUUUUCUUCACCGUCUGCCUCGACCACCGACUGCGCAUUUGGAACAUUGAGCGCGGCGAGAUCUGCUACACGGGCGACAUCCUCGGUCUGGCGCGCGAGCCGCACGAGCUGGGCAAGUGGACCAUUGAUCCUAGCCAGACCAACCUCUUGCGCGUUGUCCCGCUCGACAACCAACCGGGUGCCGCCAUUAUCGCCACGUACUCGCCUGUCGGCGCUGGCGGCUUCAAGUUCUGGAAGGCCACAGCCAACGCGGCCCUGGACGGUGCCAACCACGGCAGUGGCGCUGCACGUGUCGAGGUCGAGCCCCUGGACAGUGCACCAGACUCGCUACUGCCGCCAACACCAUCGGCAGCCGACGUCUGGACGCUGGCCGACUUUGCCAUCUCGUACACGGCACCGCGCAAGCUGAGCCUGUGGGUGCUCUGGAAGAACAACCUAAUCUACCGCGUCAUGCAGACCGAGGCCGACCUCGACGAUCUGGCGUCCGACUGGCAGGAGACUUGGACGGCCGUGCACACCGAGAGCGGUGCACCUACAGCACAGACGUCCGGCCCCUGCGACCCGACCGACGCCGCCGAGAAGUGGCUUGAUCUCAUCUUCUUCCCCGGCCGCUUCUCGCGCGCGACGCUCGAGACUGCCCUGGCCAUGUACGAGCGCGGUCUGGGUGCGACGAAAGACAAGACCUCCAAGCGGAGCGGCGCGCCUUCUAGUACGGCUGUGUCAACGACCGCGUCCGCGUCGAGUCUCAUGGAGUCCAUCUGCACGGUCCUGGGAUCGACCGCUGCACUCGAGCGCGGCUCGUCCGGCGCCAUGGACUACGAUCUCUUCCGCAGCGCCAGCGAGAUCCAGUGGCGCCGCUUCUACCGCCUCCUCAUUGAGCUCGACAAACAGCGCAGCGAGGCCCUCGCGCUUGCCCUCGACCCGGACCUGGGCCUGGCCUGGGUUGUGUGCACCGACUGUUUGGCUGCCGCCCGUGAGUGCAGCGGCCUUGAGCUCGUCUACCACAACGCUCCAUCGAGCCAGUCCUCAUCCAUCUUUGGUGGCCGGGGCAGCGGCAGCGGCGGCCUCCACCGCAGCAGAAGCGGAAGCGGAAGCAACAAUGCCAACUCCGAAAAGGUCAGCCGUCUACUGUCUGCGGGUGCCUCGUUUGUGGAUAGCUUCUCCGACGGCAUGCUGCAGACAUGCGAGGCUGCUCUGCGUGCGGAGCUGUUUGACGACGCCUCGUCCAAGACGGACGAGGAGCGCAUCCAGUCGCUCGGCGACAAGGCCGGCUUCUGGCGGCAUCUGACCGAGGACGAGUGCGCGCAGGUCAUUGACAUUCUCGGCGACAACUUUGAGCUCGUCGACGAGACCACCUACCGGACGCUCUUCUCUUUGUUCGACGAUGUUGUCCAGCAGCAGUUGCAGGGCGGCCAUGACGUGCGCUACCCUUUUACGCAGUUUGGCCUGAAGCUUGUCGUGCGUGGCAUCCAGGACACCGCCGAGCUGUUCUGGCAGAUCCUGUUCCGCCAGCUGAUCCUGCUGGUGCACAUGGAGUUUGAGCUCGAGGACGAACGCGUCGCGUUGCACAGCCGCAUCGAUGUGGGCCAGGUGUACUCGCGCCUGAUCGACGCCCUUAAGCGCCUUGAGCUCGUCAAGUGGCUGUCGCGGACCGACUUCAGCGUCGCCCUGAAGCGCGCCGAGCGUGAGUCGCUGUCCGGUUCCUUUUCUGGCGGCUCGUUCUCGACGGCAGCAGGAGGCUCGUUCACUGCCGGCUCGGCAGCCGGGUCAACAGGCGGAGCGUCCAAUGCAGUCGCCUCUGAUGAGAACGCAACUCAAGUUAUUACGGUGCUUGGCGGCAGCGUUGGCCAUCUGCUGGGCCUCGGCGAGCAGGCCGGCAGUGUUCCACUGUCCUCGCUUCUGACCGACAUUGUCGUCGACGUCUGCUCGGCCCGCAGCACGAUUGAGCUCGAUCCGGCCAUGAUCCAGUGCAUGCUUCUCAAGCGCGGCCGCCCCGAUCUCUCCCUGCAGCUCAGCGCUUUCGCCACCGACGACCCCUUCUCAACCUAUGUGCAGGGCCGCACGUUCCUGGCGCUGCGCAACUACGACACUGCUGCGCUCUAUUUCCAAAAGGCGGCCGUUGGCCUCAGCACCGUGGUCCGCCAUCCGCUGCGCCACAGCGCCGGCCUGAUCGACGACUCCGAGUGGAACCUGUUCUACAGCGGCCUGCCCAACUACUACGCCCACAUCGUGUCCUUGUACGACCGGCAAAAGGCCUAUGCCUACGUCAUCGACUUUUCCCGCCUGUCGCUGCAGUUUGUGCGCAGCAAGGCCAACAGCCUCAGUGCCAGAAUCAUCAACACUGGAAGCAACGGCAGCAACGGCAGCCAGCAGGCCAAGGGCGGCAGUAAAGCCGACAGCCGACAUGGAAGCUUCGGCGCCAACGACCCGGCCGCCGAGGCCGCCGUCUUGUCGUCCACGCGCACCGAGAUGCUCAGCCGCCUGUUCACAGCGGCCACGGCCCUGUCGCGCUUCGACACCGCACACAGUGCGCUCCUGUCUAUGGGCCAGCCUUUCUUACCACUGCCUUCCUCGUCCUCUUCCUCUUCUUCAUCGCCAACGCCUUCAACCGGCACCGGCGCUGCCGCACUCCAGCGCUCCGGCCUGCGCUACCUUGUCGAAAAGAUGUGCGAGACGGGCCAGGUUGCGGCCCUGCUGGCCCUCCCCUUCCCUGGUGGUCUGCGCGAUACCGUCGACGAUGUUCUCGAGCAAAAGUGCCGCGCCGCCAUGGAGGUCAUCCGCGGCACGCCGUGGCACCAUGUGCUCUACAGCUGGCGCGUCGCGCACAACGACUACCGCGGCGCCGCCAGCGUGUUGCUCGACCAGCUGCACAAGCUGCAGCAAGCCGGCGAAGGCGACAAGUUCUUGGCGACGGCGUCUUCUGCUGCCGCUGACGCCGGCGGAAGCGACGACAUCCUCGACACGCCCGUGACGCGCCAGUACCUCAAGCUGAUCAACACGUUGAGCUGUGUCGACCCCAAACAGGCGUGGAUCUACACAGAGGACCCGCUGGCCCAGGCGUCGUCCGCCGGCAACAAUGCUAGUGCGCCGCAUGACACGGCCAUUCCCAGCGUGGAGACGUCCUCCAGCGACAACCUCGCGGGUACACAGGCGACGGAAGCCGAGACACAGUCCGCCUCGCAGGCAUCAGCAGCAGCAUCAGGACCUGCAUCAGCGCCAGCAUCCGCUGCAGCUAAGAAGAGCGACAGCAAUCCCAUGGCAUCGUUCCUCCAAAAAGCCGCUGCCGCGCAACGGCCACCGUGGCGCAAGGUGGUCACACUGGCCGACCUGCGCAAGCAGUACCAGGCCGAGUUGGACCGCAUCGCGGCGAUCCAGAACAACCAGUUUGCUUUUGGAAGCGGCGGUGGUGGUGGCGACGGCGAAGACAUCACCAUGGACGACUCAUAA